GAAAAAUGCAAAGUUGAAGGAGACAAAGCGUUCCAGUUCUAGUGCAAACCGAAAUACUCGCUGAGGAGAACAAAAGAGGAGGGGAAAAAUCGAAAAUAACUUGAAAUGGGAAGGACCUUUUUGAGCCAGCCCCUGGCAAUCGGUGUACUAUGGAUGGUUAUACUAGUUGUACAGGACACUGGGGCCCAACUGGACCUGGAUCAGAUACAGACGCAGCUGCCCGAGCAAAUAACCAAGUCGAACUUUAGCAUAAACGACGCCAAGGAGCUGUUUCGCAACAAAUGCGUCGAGGUGGCCGGCGAGGAGGCGGGUGGUGCGGCGUACGCUGAGAUCGAAUCGGGCUUUAUGGUCCUCACCGACUGCCUCAAUGGGCUGGUGAACUAUACGGCCAUGCAGGCGGAGAUCCAGGAGGCCAGUCCCAAGGGCGAACUGGAUGUGGUCUUCAACAAGUACUGCAGCCGACGAUCGAUGGCGGUGCAGUGCGUCGAUGUCUUCACGGCCCAGCUGCUGCCCUGUUUGGUCCAGGAGGAGCGCGACGGCCAGGAUGUGAUCAAGCAGAUCAUCCAGAGCCUCUUGAAUUUCGUCUGCCACAAGGACGGCGAUCAGAUAGCCCUCUUUAUCGCCGAAAAGGGGCCCGAGUGCAUCGAAUCGCAGAAGGACAACAUCCAGCAGUGUGUGAACAACACCUUCUCGGAGUAUCUCAACCUGCAGGAUCUGCAGGACAAUCGCAUCAAGACGAUACCCAAGCUAACCGUCGGCCAGAAGCAGUGCGAUGAGAUGCUGAACCUUCAGGCCUGCGUGGUCAGCAAAUUGGAACAGUGCUCGGACAUAACGCCAGCGAAUCUCGUCGAGUCGAUGUUUAACUUUAUCAGAAACCAAACAUUGUGCCGGGACAAUCAGAAAUCCCCACUGGUCGCCGCCGCAGCCGCCGCUGCAGCUAGCAGGGGAUUCCCCCAAAUGACCAAUAGCGUUUUGCCUUAUCUCGCUUUUUGUUUGCUUAUCGUACGAUUGUGCUUUCAAAGAGCUCCCUAG